AUGAGGAAGCUUUGUCCGAAUUUAGACAAUGAAGACGGGUUAGAGACGGUGUUAGAGGUCCCUGUGCCUGAAGAAAUGUUCACGAAAAUGGGAAGCAACGCGACGGGACGGUGGAGGAAUAUGCACGCUCUUAUGAAGGCUCAUGCCGUCGUGACGGCAGUUGCGGCGGACAUGAGAACGCCGGCGUCUUCGUCGUCGAUGAGUAAUGUUAAUAUGCAUUUGCAGUCAAAAUCAGAUAACGAGUUUGUGGCAUUGUUGAAGAUCGUGGGAAGUCCUCUUAUUCCUUUUCAUGUCCCUCUUGAGUUCUGUCUCUCCCGACCAAUCAAUGACACUUCAAUUGAGGCGUCGACGGCUAAGUACAUAGUGCAACAAUACAUGGCUGCCUGUGGAGGUCCAGCAGCUUUAAACGCGGUGAAGAGCAUGUACGCAGUGGGGCAGGUGAGGAUGCAAGGCUCCGAGAUGGUUGCUGGAGAGGAUGAAGGGACAACAACUACACCGGUUCGGUUAGGGAAAGGAAAUUUCGAAGUAGGAGGUUUUGUUUUGUGGCAGAAGAAUCCAAAUCUUUGGUUCUUGGAGCUGGUUGUUUCCGGUUUCAAGAUUAGUGCCGGUAGUGACGGCAAAGUGGCUUGGAAUCAAUCAUCUACACAACCUUCUCAGGCUCACCGUGGUCCUCCUCGCCCUCUCCGCCGGUUUUUUCAGGGACUAGACCCGAGGUGCACGGCUAGUCUGUUUCUAGACGCAGUUUGCAUCGGCGAACAAACCGUUAACAACGAAGACUGUUUCGUCUUAAAGGUAGAGACACCAGCAGAUAUUCUCAAGGCGCAGUGUUCGCCUAACACUGAGGUGAUCCACCACACCGUGUGGGGUUACUUCAGCCAACGAACGGGACUUCUCGUGAAGUUCGGUGACACAAAGCUCGUGAGAGUCAAAUCCGCUAGGGGAAAAACGGAUGGUGUGUUUUGGGAGACGAGUAUGGAGUCAACCAUUGAUGACUACAAGUACGUUGACUCGGUUAAUAUAGCACACGGUGGACGAACGUUGACCACGUUAUAUCGUUAUGGAGGAGCUGUUAACCACCGGAGACGAAUAGAGGAGAAGUGGAGGAUCGAGGAAGUGGAUUUUAAUAUUUGUGGGUUGUCUUUGGAUAGCUUCUUGCCACCGUCUGAUGUCAACAAUGAUUGAUCAUUAGCUACGGUCGAGAUUGUUAUACCCUCUCUUUCUCUCUAGCUUUCAUUGUUAGAAUAUUGGUUUGGUUUUGAAAAUUAGGUUUCUUGAAGGACGAAAUGGAGAUACACUUGGGAUUUGGUAU